GGUUAUGAAAUUAGGCGUGCACAAUACGUGGGUGUAACAAUGGGAGGGGCUCAAUCUCUAUCAACAGACUCAAGCAAUGAAGAAGCAACUGUUCCCUCAAUUGAUGACCUGCCUCCUCAAUUCAACGAGAAAUAUGAACUGGAGUCUAAAAUUGGGCAUGGUGGGUUUGGAUCAGUUUAUAAAGUGAAGGAGAAGAAAACCAAGUUGAUAUUUGCUGCAAAGAUAUUUGAAAAUAAUGAAAACAACAGUCAAGAGAUUAUGCUGCAAGCUGGUAUUAAUGACAAGAACGUUGUUAAAAUUCACGAUGUAAUGUCUAAUGAAGAAAGUUUGAUAAUGAUUAUGGAAUACUGUGAGGGAGGGAAUCUCUUCGAUUGGAUUAAAAGGAACAGAAGACAUGAUAGCCUUAACGAAAAGGUUAUAUUAAGUAUGCUGUAUCAGAUCUGCAUAGCCGUUCACACUUGUCAUUGUAACAAAGUUAUACACCGUGACCUGAAACCAGAGAAUAUAUUACUAGACUCCAACAGACAAGUUAAGAUAGGUGAUUUUGGAGUUGCUAGGAAACUAAAUCGUUCAUCGAUUGCAAAAACUUUCUGUGGCACGCCUCCUUAUAUGGCACCGGAAUUAUUUCUCAGUUACCUUGGAAACACUGGUGGCAGCCAUAAUGCAUUAGGAUAUGAUAGUAAGUGUGAUGUAUGGUCCAUUGGCUGUGUGUUGUAUGACAUGUCAAAUGAUCAAUCAAGAUUUGUAUAUCAAUUGCAGUUUGCUUUGGGUCUAGAUGCUGCAAGGAGUCCUUCAAACAGCAUCAAUGAGAAAGAUAUCACGCAAUUAAUUGACACUGAUAUACCUAAAGACUAUACUGUUGUUAAGAAGCUACUGCAUAAGAUGUUGGUGAGAACUCCUCAAGAAAGAGCAACUUUAUCUGAUGUACUUCAUGAUACUGAUCUUAAGAAAUGUCUUGAAAACCCAACUGAUGGACACUGGAGUGACUUAUUAGUCAGUGAUCAUUAAUUAUUCAUUACUAUUCUAAUUAAUUUUUAUUAAUAACAAUUUACCAUAGUGCACGGAAGUAUGCGAGUUUAAUAG